AUGAGACCCCUCUUUCAUAGCUCAUCGCUUUGCGUAUUUGCCCGUCCAAGGUUGAUCUCGCGACACCUGAGCUACUCGCAGCAGCUUCAAGCUUCUGUACUCACCGUUCCAACGCCGCGGAAUGGCCUCCACUCCAAUGGUGCAACCGCGCGAAUUUCCAACGUCAGGGUUCGAACUUCUCAAUUCCAUCGAACCCUUCGAAGAGGAAUCCUUGCCAACUAUCUGAAGGAACGCUAUUACCCCAUUAGCCUUGGUGAAGUCCUCAAUUCGCGGUAUCAAGUCAUCACCAAACUUGGCUUCGGCGCAUCGUCAACGGUCUGGUUAUGUCGCGACUUACACCAGGAUCGCCAUCUGAUCCUGAAAGUCCAUGUCCGAAGCAGACGGCAGCUUCCAGAGGUCCAGAUAUCCAGACAUCUCAAAGCCCUCCAUGAGAAUCACGUGGGCGAGAAGUAUAUCCGGCUGGUCCUGGACUCAUUUGAAAUUGAGGGCCCUCAUGGUGUACAUCCUUGUAUCCUCUAUCCACCUGCUGGGGUUGAUAUCCUUGACUACAUGCAAUGCCUUGAGGGGGGUUCAUUACCCGAGAAUCUCCUUCGAGUGACCAUCCGAUUCAUGCUCAUUGCUCUGGAUUAUCUCCAUGGGGCCAACGUCAUUCAUACUGAUAUCCAACCAGGCAAUAUCCUCCUGGGGAUUGAGGAUGAUUCAAUUCUCGCCGAGAUGGAAGAAGAAGAGCUCAAUGAACCCGCUCCUCGGAAGCAACUUGACGACCGUACGAUUUUUGCCACUCGUGCAAUGCCCUUGAGUAGCGGAGAACCCGUCCUCGCUGAUUUAGGAGAGGCGCGACUGGCCCAAGGAAACCAAACCGGGCUUAUCAUGCCAAAUCUAUACAGAGCUCCCGAAGUGUUGCUGGGUAUGAAGUGGGAUAACAAGGUAGAUAUAUGGGCGAUAGGACAAACGGCAUGGACCUUGCUUGAGUCUAGGCACCUUUUCACAAAGCCAGACUUAGAGUCGGAUGCCGACAAUGCUCGUCGCUUCGCAGAAAUGAUAUCUCUACUGGGACCUCCUCCGGUUGAGUUUCUUCGUCGAAGCGAAGAAAGCCUCAAGUUCUGGGAUGAGAACGGUAACUGGAAGUGCCUCGCAGAUAUCCCAGAGCAAUCUAUCACGAGUCGCGAGACUCAGCUCGAUGGUGAUAACAAGAAGCUCUUCCUUCAAUUCCUGCGGAAGGCUUUGUGUUGGCUGCCCGAAGAGAGGCCUUCUGCAAGGGAGCUCAUCAUGGAUGAGUGGCUGAGAGGAGACGACUACUGA